GAUCUGAUGUCUCUCUAUCGUCGAAGAAAAGCUGCGAUUAGUGAGCUGCCGGAUGAGAUAAAGGAAAGCAUUUUGGAGCGAUUGCCCACUCGAGACGCCGCCAGAUGUGCUCUCCUCUCAACUCAGUGGAGGGAUGCUUGGUACCGCCAAGGGCGACUCGUCUUUGACUCGGCCUUCUACAGCUCCAUUGAAAACCGUAGUGACGACUGCUCGUCUAUUGUAAGCAUAAUAAACGACAUUCUCAUGCUCCGAGCUGGACCCGUUAAGAAAUUCACGUUUUAUGAUUGUACCUCAUUUGAGCCGCCGCUGAAGCAGUCUGAUUUAGACAGGUGGUGUCUUUUUCUGUCAAGGAACGGCGUUGAGGAACUUCACCUCUCUGCUGUUAAUACCGGAAGACAAUAUAAGGUGCCAUCCUGUUUACUCUGGUGCAAGACUAUCAAGGAACUGGAACUUGAAUAUUUCCUUUUUUACUUUCCGGCAAAUGCUGCCUGUGUAUUCCCCGGGCUGACUUCGUCAGAUUUCAGAUCGGUUGAGUUCAGGGGUAAUGAUAAGGGACUGGUCUUUAGCAUGCCCAAACUUCAGAAGCUAGCAUUUUUCGGGUGUCCUGGGACACCGAAUUUUGUCACCUGCGCUCCCAAACUUAAAAGUUUGUCCAUAUAUGAUGCUUUCAGUUGGACAGCAAGAACAUUGCUCCCGCUUCAUUUGAGCAGUAUUAAGACCCUCUCUCUACAUAUGUUUUCGAUGAGUAGGGCUGUUGCGGUGGCCUCAGCAGCCUUUCCCACUGCAAUAAAUCUGGAAAAAAUCAAACUUGAUGGCUUCAGUUUUCGUUUUGGGAAGCAUCUUCCCUUUGUUGUCCAAUUGCUUAAAAAAUCCCCCAAGUUAUUGGUGCUGGAGAUUAAUAUUCAGGAAUGUUUUAAAGUACCUCAUUCAGGAUUUUUGGAGUACACUAUUGAAGAUGAUUUGAGGAUGCUUGAGACCGUGAAGCUCAACAGGUUCACAGGAGCCCAAAUUGAAUUGUGCUUUGUGCAAUUACUACUUUCCAAGUCGCCUGCACUCCACCAUGUUGUCAUUCGUGCAGCUCAAAGUAUGAAUGUCUCUUUGCAUUUCGAGGUCACAAAGAAGCUUUUGAACUUUCCUCGUGCAUCUCCCAAAGCACAAAUUGCCUACCAUUCAAGGAGCACAAAUCCUUAAAAAUUGGAUCUCAAGGUCCAUAAAUGACUUUUAAGUAGUAUCUUAAUAUGUUAUGCACUUAUGGGAAUAUUUUAAUGAGUUUGGCUGAGAUGGUGUAUAUGUCUAUCCAUCGAUCGGUACAUGCUAAUUCAUUGUACUUAUUUGGUGUUUUUGUGCUGCAUUGGUUCUAAG